GCAACCUGUCUCAAAUCAAGCCGCUGAGAUAAUUGCAAAUAAUUCUCGGCGAUGUCAAGUUGACUGUCGGUCUCUUUGCUGUAUUGAUUGAGUCAACACAGCGAAACCAGCCCAGCCUGUGGUGCUGACCUACCUUGAUUUUUGUCCUUCAAGCUCUGAUUAGUCGCAGAACACGUCCUCUUGCCACAUGCAUCGUCUUUCGUGGGAAUGGGGUGAUACGAGCAUGCUGCAAUGAAGCAAGACAGGUUCAUGACAAGUAGUCUCGGGGAAUUGAGUCCUGCACGCAUCGAUGCAGUGAUGGCGUCAAGUCAAGAUUAGCGGCUCACAGGCCCUUCGGCCUCUUGACAUGGCUCCCAGAGUUAUCAGAGAUACUUAUGGGUUUGCCCUCAAUUGCACGGAAGAGCAGUACAUCACAAGGCAACGAUGUGAUGAGAAGCAAGCACAUCAGGCAGCCAAGUGGGCCAAAUACUCAGAUAAAAAGCAGCUCCCCAAGGGCGAGAAGCUGAAAAAGCUCUGCCGGAAGGGAAUACCUCCACAGUGCAGGCCCUGGGUAUGGUUGAGCUUGAGCGGAGCAGCGGAGAAGCAGCGCGAGCACAUUGCCAACUACUAUGAUGCCAUGGUGCACAUGGGCGAGUCCGCCUCAGAAUUUGCACACCAGAUCGACUUGGACUUAGCGCGCACAUUUCCAGCCAAUGACUACAUGAGCACGGACGAGGGCCAGGCGGCUCUUAGAAGAGUACUGCUGGCCUUCAGCGCACACCAGCCAGCGGUUGGGUACUGUCAGGGCAUGAAUUAUCUGGCAGCUAUGCUACUGCUGGCCCUGGAGCGGUCUGAGGAGAACUCCUUCUGGCUUCUUGUAGCCCUCAUAGAUGAUGGCGGCAUCCUUUAUCAGGGAUUGUACUCGCAAAAUCUUGUGGGCGCGCAUGUGGAGAUGCGGUCAUUGCAGGAGCUGGUGGACGCCAAGCUGCCGCGCUUGCGACAGCACCUGGAGAAUCUGGGCUGCGACAUGACCAUCAUCGCCACCGACUGGUUCCUCUGCCUCUUCUCCACAUCCCUGCCCUCCGAGACGGCGAUAAGGUGCUGGGAUGCACUGCUGAGCGAGGGGGCCAAGGUGCUGUACCGCGUGGCGCUGGCACUGCUCAAGACGCACGAGGACGCACUCCUGGCGCAGGACAACGCCGGCUACGUGCUGCGCGAAAUGAAGCUCGCCUCCGCCUCCAUGCACGACCGCGACGCCCUGCUCAAGGUGGCCUUUGACGGCGUGGGCAGCAUGCCGAUGGCGCGCAUCCGGGAGGUUCGCAGCGUGAAGCAGGCGGUUGUGGACGUGGAACUCGCGCGCCGCGGCCGCAGCCGCUCCCUGCGCGAAGCUGUGCGCGACUCCGAGCGCCAUGCGCCCUUCGCAGCCGAAGGGAUGGCCAGCCUGGCAGACCGAAUAAAGAAUGCAUACGCAGCGCGCAUGGCGAGAUCUAUUGAGCAUCGAUGA